GGCAGGGAGCUCUCAGCUGGGGCUGGAGGAUCCGCGGGGCCAAGGGCGCUUCACCUUAAAGCCCAGAAAAAUGCCAGGAUUCUUUUUCUCCCACAACAACAUGACUGAAGUAAAUGGAAAAGAAGAUUGCAAGCUGGCAGAAGGCAAAGGCCACAAAAAGAAGCAAAAAGCUUUUGGUGCAGACCUCAAAAGUUAUUUGAAAUGCAUGGUGCCACAUAUUGAAUCUGGGAUCAAGACUUCCAGCUCCAGAAAUAUCAUGCUCUCUGCAGAGGAAGUUAUUCAGUGGUCACAGUCCUUGGAAAAGCUCUUGGCCAGCCAAAGUGGUCGAGGCGUCUUCCGGGAGUUCCUGAAGUCAGAAUUCAGCGAGGAAAACAUCGAGUUCUGGUUGGCUUGUGAGGAUUACAAGAAAAGCAAGUCUGAUCACUUACAUGGCAAAGCAGAGAGGAUUUACGAGGAGUUUGUCCAGUCAGAUGCCAUUAAGCAGAUCAAUAUUGACUAUCAGAUGAGGGAAGCAACAGCCAAAAAGGCUCAAGACCCAACUCACACAAGUUUUGAUGAAGCCCAGAAAACAGUGUACAUCCUUAUGGAAAGGGAUUCAUAUCCCAGAUUUUUAAAAUCCAAAUCCUACCUGAACCUUUUGAACCAGCUGCAAACUAACACUUCAAAAUAAAGUGUCUGAAGCGUGAGGAGCCAAGGAGACUCUGUCAAACACCCUGUGAAGAGACCCUCCACAAUGGCUGCAUCUUGCCAAGGAAAAAUCUCUGUCUGGGGAGGAGGAGCAGAGGGAGAUGCAAGCAGCUCCACAGCCAGAGGAUGCAGGAUAAGAGCUGGCUGUCCCAAGGGUGAGAGCAGCACAGGGAGACAAUCCCCUCCUCCCACACACCAGAGCCAAGGCAGGACAGGGAAACUGAGGUUUCACCUGCUCUAUGAACACUGAGCCUUGCCUUACAUCCCAAAGAUCUGCUGAUUGUUAGCAAGUGCAAGACUCAGGAGCUGAGCAUUGGGAAAGGAUUGACAAGCUCACAGGACAAACUAGGAUGGCUGACAAUUUUGGGCAUAACAAGAAAAUGCCAGGACAAGACUGACCUCUCUUUUAUGUGAUGUUUGAUGAACUUUCAUGAAGUGUUAAUAAGUGUGAGUUCCACAAUGUUGUUAUGCUAUGUAAAUAUAUUCUAAAUUGAUGUGUCUUAAAAUCUGUAUGGUUUAAAUUAUAUAAGAAUUAUAUAAGCUGUAUUUUUAUUAAGUUUGUAUUCAACAGGCAGGUAUGUAGCAUCUUUUCUGUUUAAUUUAUUGAAAAAGAAUAAGCAAUUCUUCAUUAAAAUAUACUUUGGAAUAAAGAUUCAUUGUGGUUUUGCA